CCUGGUGCGCCGGUGAAUUCGGCCCGGGUGGAAACUGAUUAGACUUCGUAGUCAAAUUUCCAUCGCAUAAGAGGGUAUCGGGACAUGAGCCCGGAGCAGACAGCUGGCAGACGGACGGACCGCAUCUGCACCGCCGAUGCCUGUGUGGAGCUGCAGAUGCGCUGUCUGGGUCCUCCGUCUGGAGUGAAGCCUCUCCGUACUAAACCCAGAGGAACCAUGGUCAAACCAGAUAGGUGUGCCUGUGGUGCUCAGGGCUGAGGAGCAAAGCAGCUGAGGGUGGGAGAUGGGCUGCACCUCUGCCAAGCAGGUGUCUGCCGUGCCCAGCGGGGAGGAGCGCCAGAGCAAAGCCCACAGCAACGGGGACCUCCACUCCGAUGAGUACAAGAUGAAAGGAGUGCAGAAAGUCAAGUACAUCAGCGGAGACGAAGGAGGAGUGGACGGCCAGGACAGCACAGAGAAAAGUGCUCUCCUGGGGAAAGGUCAACACAUGGAGGAGUCAGGGUCCAAUGGGAACGGAAAGAUUCUGAGCAUCCACUCUUCAGAGAGUCAGCAAGAGUUCUUCAAGAUGCUGGACGAAAAAAUUGCAAAGGGCCAGGACUACUGCUCAGAAGAGGAAGAAGAUGUGACAUAGCACUGUGCUCGUGUGUCCAUCGCGCCAAUGUGGAGGAACUGUCAUCGCAGUGCUACGGAUGGACCGUACCAUGUGCUAACUCAGGGGAAAUGUCCCUUGUAUGUCCACGCCUGAGAAAAAUGGAUUACUGACUUGAAUCAAGCACCUUUUUUGCCCUCCUGCUCACAACCUGCUCAUAUAUCAACUAAGAGAGAAAGGACCACCAAAAUCAAAGUAUUUUUAACCUCCUCGAAAAGAAGAACACUACAUUCUACUUCCUUAAUGAAGUCAUUACAGGAUGACAGAGAUCUUGGGAUUUUAAGACACACUUGCUUUCCUUCUCAACCUUGGAAAAGUCCUGUAUGGUCAAUAUAAAUGGCCAUCACUGAGACAUUUGAAACAUUACGACUGUUGCACAUUUACAUUUCCAAUGGCAGAAGCAGCCAGUGCUCUGGUGGACACUUACCGUGAACACGUAUAUCUCCAUCUGCAUCACUUUCAAUAUUCCAUUCUUGAAUGCCUCCCUGAAAAGUCAACCGUUUGGAAACUUCCUGCAUUCCAAGACACAGUAUGAACCUCUUUUCUACAGUACGUUGGCCAGUACAUUGUGUUUGUCUACGGAAGAUUAUUAGUGCCAGGCAAAAAUGAGGAGGAAUCUUUUUUUAUUUUGCAUUUCAAGGCAAAAUGUCAAUAAUAAAGUAAAAGUCCAGUAUAUGCGCUAACGCUAGUGGUUAGAUAUUUUCUCAGUUGGACAAUUAUUCUCAACAUUUGCUACUUUAUUCUUGAAAAGCAAAAACAAAAACAUUUUCUCAUUUACUCCUUAUUUCUGGACGCAACCAUUUUCGUAGCGUCUGUCCAUGUCUGUUUUCUGCUAUGAUGUAGAGAAUCUAUGUUGAAUAAGGCUCAGGGUUGAAGUGUUGUAAUCUUUGUCUCAAGUGGUCAAGUCCUUCCUCUCAUAAAGACACUGUUUGAGCAGACACUCGUGCACUCACACAGCAGGGUCUUCCAUGUCCCCUGCUUCAGUAUCCGUCCCGUGUUAUACCUACAGGGUGGACACUGCUUCAUCACAUACAAGUCUGAUUAUGUAUUUCGCUCACCAGUAAUAUGUUGUGUUUCUAUGUUGAACUUUUGUUUUUUUAGAAAAUAAAAAGUGUUUUCAGUAAGUUA